AUGGCGAAUUCGACGCUAGAGAACAGUCUCUGGGACCAAGCAGUCGGUUUACGAGCGAUUUUCUAUCUUUUACCGCCGUCAGAACAUGAGGAUGAUGUCGAAAAAGUCCCUGAUUAUAUUGGCAAAGCAAUACCCUGGUUUUAUGCGAUGAUUUUGCUCGAUUGGGUUGUGGGCUGGUGGAGAAAUAAGCUUAGUUUUGAGUCUCGAGAUGCGAUCGGGUCGUUGACAGCAGGAUCCAUGUCUCAAAUGACCAAAUUACUUGGCGAAGGAGGACUUGAAAUGGCGAUUUAUACAGCGCUCUACAACUAUGGACAUUUUCUGGACUUGGAAAAUCGCUCCUGGACAUUUUGGUUGAUCGGCUUCUUUGGCUACGAUUUUGGAUACUAUCUCACCCAUCGAUUCGGUCACGAGAUCAACUUUCUUUGGGCAGCGCACCAAGUCCACCAUUCCUCGGAGUACUACAACAUGGCCACGGCGCUAAGACAAAGUGCGCUGCACAACCAUCACCGAGUCCAUCACGGCCGCAACCCGUACUGCAUCGAUAAAAACUACGCCGCAGUUCUGAUUAUUUGGGAUCGAAUGCUCGGAACAUUCGCGGCCGAGCGGGAAGAAGAACCGGUUGUUUAUGGACUCGUCUCGCCGAUUGAAACGUAUGAUCCGAUAAAGAUUCAGUGCAAAUACUACAACGAGCUGUUUUGGUACUGUCUGUCGGGGAAGAAUUCGUUCAGUCAGAAGAUGCAGAAACUUUGGUACGGGCCUGGAUGGAAUAUUGAAGAACAGAAGUAUUAUCCGAUCCCGGAGGUGGCUAAAGACUCAAAGCCAUGGAACAGUCAAAUCGACACGCCGAUGCUCCUGUAUGUCAUCGCUCAAUACAGUAUCACCAACAUCCUCUUCGUCACGGCGCUAGAAUACGUCAGCUACUGCAACGCCGCUUACAUUACUCUCUCCUUCUGGAUCUACGGAAACCUCAUGAAUCCCAAAGAAGACAGAAUGAGUCACAUUUUCUUUGAAUUUUGCCGCCUCGUGCUUGGGCUGGUCUACUUCAGCACUAGAAUCAACGAAACACUUUUCGCAGCCAUGUUUCGAUGGAACCUGGUUUCUUGCUUUCUUCUGACUUUGUACUGUGUUCUUUGCCCUGGUCCAGAGUUCAAGAAAAAGCUCGAAUAA